UCUUGCUUCACUCAUUUUUCACCAUUGUCUUGUCUUUAGUGCUGGCACAUACUUAAUAUUAUAGAUAAUUAGCGAUAUGCCAAACCAACUUUUCUCUCCUCAUACUGAUUCUGAUACGUCAACUACUGUAAGAACUCAUUGGGAACAUUUUUAUCAGGUAACAUGAGGCCAGAGAUAGCUAUGGUGCUAGUCUGAAGCCCACUGGUACUGAAUCUAAUCAUCUGAUUUUACCCGAUACCAAGCCAGCGGAGCAGCCUCUAUGGGUAGAUUGGCGGAUUGUAAAGACCAUGGACUUUCUUUAUGCAGUAAAUUAAACCUAGAAAACCUAGAAAUAUUUUAUAAUAAAAAAAGAUGGAUGAUCGUUUAACUAUAGCAGCAUUAACUCCAAGCGUACUCUUUCGAUGUAAUUAUACAUUGCAAGAAAAAAAAAUUCUUGUCUUUUCCCCAACAGAACUUUGCCAUGUUCCUCAGCAUGUUGGUGGCUUGGAUGAUCCCAGAUGUACCGCGAUCUCUGCGGGAACAGCUGAAGAAAGAGAACAUGAUGCUGAUGGAGUUUCUGCUAAAUCAAGACCAAGAAGCACGUACCAAAUCUAACCCCUCAAAACGCUCCAAUUCCUGCUUCCCCGCCAUUGUUGUGAUGGAGGCCCCACAGGAAGAACAAGAGAUGAAGCAAAUAGAGGAGGAGGAAGAAAGAGUUAAGAUCGAUCUGGAUGAACCAAGAAGGAGCAGUGACAGUGAUCCGGAGCUUGGGAAGUCAUUUGAGGAAGUUGAAGAAAAUAGACAGUUAGAGCGAGGAGGUGAAGAAGAAGAUGAGGGUGGAGAGGUAGAAGAGGGAGAAAAGGAAAAAGAUGUAGAAGUGAAUGAAGAGGUUGGAAUGGGGGAUAAUGAGCAAGAGGUAGGAGAAGAAAAAGAUGAAGCAGAACAAAUAAAAGAAGAAGAAAAGAAAGUUGAAGAGAAGGCAGUUGAGAAGGAAAACUUUACUGUUGAUCUGGAUGCCUUCAUGAGCGAGCUGGGCCUGUUAGAUGAGGAACCCUCAUCGUGCACAGCUAGAGAUACAGAGCUUCCCCGCUCGGAGUCCGAACAGGAGUACCAGAAAGACCAAGAGCCUCAGUCUCGUCGAUCAUCUAAAGGAGGCUCAUCCCAGAGUCUGAAGGGCUCCAGAGCAGAAAUGACAACGUCAGAUAUUGACACUAGGCCCUUCUCACUAAUCGCUCCUCCACCCAGAGAGCCAGGCUCAAGGGCGAAGGCCCGCUGCUCCACCCUGCCUUCUCGCCACAAAGGGGCUGAGGCUUGUUACAGUCUGCCACGGCCCAGCCACUCCACCAGCCUCACCAGGUUCCAGCAGGCAGCCACACUUAUUCCCCUGCUUCCACUGGGCUCCUCAUUAUCAGCCUCAUCCAAUCCACUCUCUGCCCCUCUCACACCUGUGUCACCAUCAUCUCCGCAUCCCACAGAGUUCCCAUCAGCCCAAGAGCCCAAAGCCCCCAGUGAACUAUUCGUGCUGAAAGGCCCUCCGGCUCAACAGCCCCGCUCCAGGGUCAAAGCCCGGAGCUCCACGCUGCCUCCACGACAAAGAGCCCCUGGUCCUGAAGAGCACUCCACCAAGCCUAGCUAUUCCACCAGCUUUACUAAGCUGGAGGAUGGCAUCCCCCCUUCCCCCAGUGAACUGAAGCGCAACAUGCCAAUAUGAGAAGAGCUAGGUGGCAAGGGAAAGGGACAGAGGUUGGCAGAGGGAGGGGGAGGACUAUCCAGAUUAGCCUCUCCCGUCUGUGCCUGGAGCCUCACCUCCAUCUGUCCUCCCUUUCUGGAUACAUAAUACCUGGGGUCUGAAGGAGACCAUCCAGAUAAACGGAAUGUCCUUUUUAUCCUCUUAAUCUUCAUUGUUUUUACCACUCGGGUUUAGGCCUGACCCUGACAAGGCGAGUGCUGGACAAUUCAGAGAAAGACUGCUCUGAAACUCUCCCUGCCAUGCCUGUAAACAAUACCACAGGAACUUUAACUCUUUCUAUUCCAUAUUUUUUUGUUUUUUUGUUGGUUUGUUUUCACAGCUCAAUAGCCCCUGCUCCUUUGUUAUUUUUAGUCCCACACAUGUACAUGUAUAUACAGCACAGCUAGUAUCAACACUAGUAUCAACAUUUAUGCUUGUAGAUCUACUGUUUAUUUUUAGAG